AUGCCUUUUGUUGCAUCUUUUGCAACUUCCAUGCUCGAGGACGCUGGAACUUCCUUCUUCAACGUGGUGCAUGUGGCCGUCCUUCGCCUGGAAUCCGCAUGCUCCGCACCCGCAGACCCGCGCGUCGACUGCACUGCUCUGCACCUUACCUGCGUGCCUGCCUACCUUACCUUACCUUGCCGCUCCGCACCUUCCAAUACAAUACCACUGCCCACCGACCGCCUUUCUUUCACAGUCACGGUCGCAUUUGCAGUGACGCCAGCAGCAAGCACCACCAACUUACCUGCUGCAAGGCAAACAAUCCCGAUUCGUCUGGGCUCGUUGUGCCAAACCCAGACCUUCUCCAACCUUGAAUUGCCACUUCGCACAAUUAUCACGGGUGCCGCGUCCUUCUCUCAAAUCGACUUGCCAACUGUCAAAAAUACAAGAAUCGCACUUUCCGCUCACGAGUGGUUGCGGACAUUUUUAGCAGCUUCGACUGUAGUCUGCUCUGUAACUCUUCGAGGUAUUUCAAUUUCUGGUCUGGCUGCUGAUACCCAUACCUCCUUCCUCCUCCAACUACAUCCCACCGGAGAGGCAGCUCACGCCUCCUACCUUGCUUGA